AUGGAGACGAUCGUCAACGCUGCCUUCGCAGACAUCUUGAUCCCAGGAAGAGGGGAUCCGAUCAAGAACGGGGCGGUUGUCUGGCAAGGCAAGACCAUUCUUUAUGCCGGAGCGCAGUCCUCGCUGCCAGGGCAGUACAGCCAGCUCCAAGCCGAGACGUUUCCAAUACUGAUGCCUGGAAUGUGGGAUAGCCAUAUUCACUUCCUUGGGGCGACAGCUGGUAGGAUGGAAAUGAUUGCAUCUACCUCCCAGACUUUGGCCGGCGCAAGGAGUGUGCAGAACCUCCAUGACACUGUGAUGGCUGGGUUCACAUCUGUUCGAGAGGUGGGAGGUUACGGAUGCGAGCUGUCCAAAGCAAUCGACGAGGGCCACGUCGUAGGACCCAAAAUAUAUUCUUCGCACAGUGCCAUCAGUAUGACAGCCGGCCACGCUGACAUUCAUUCUAUGAACCUUCAACACAUUCAUGACCUGUGCGCCUACGGGCUCCCGCUCGCAAUCGUCGACGGUGUCUCGGAAUGCAUCAAAGCUGUGCGGCUGCAAUUGCGACAUGGCGCCCGUGUGAUCAAAGUCUGCGCAAGUGGCGGUGUCGUCAGCGAUCUUGACGACCCCAAGCACCAACAAUUUUCACUCGAAGAGCUGCGAGCAAUUGUCGAAGAAGCCCGGCGUGCAGGACGUGCUGUUGCUGCUCACUGUCACGGCAAGGCGGGAAUUAUGGCAGCGCUUGAGGCUGGCUGUCACACCAUCGAGCAUGGAAGUUAUCUUGAUACCGAAUCCGUCGAUCUUAUGGUGAAAAAAGGGGCCAUGCUCGUGGCCACUCGAAGCGUGAUCGAGAGUUGUUUGGCCAUGCCAGAGAUCUUCCCACCCAGGGCUUACCAGAAGAUGCUGUCGGUAGCAAAUGCACAUGCAGAAGCGUACGCACUUGCAAUCACUAAAGGCGUCAAAAUUGCACUUGGCACAGACAUAUUUUUGGCCUCCUCGUCCGGUCCGCUGACUUAUGGGAAGAACGGUCAGGAGCUCAUGUAUGCUGUCAAGGCUGGAAUGACCCCCUUGCAGGCGAUUGAGGCAGCGACGGCGAAUGGCCCAAUGACCCUGGGAGAACAAGCACCUCUGUCGGGCCAGCUGAAGGAAGGCUAUGAUGCGGAUAUGAUCGCCUUGUCUGCCAAUCCUCUGGAAGCAAUCGAAUGCAUAGCUGAUCCGAAUACGGUUGUCAGGGUUUGGAAGCAAGGGACCCUGAUCAAGUCCUCGUGA